AUGACAAGCGAACCGAAGUCUCAGCGGUUUAUGUCAACAGAUGUGCGCGGAGGUCGCAUAACACCUCUUCAAGCCGCAGGGACUCACGAGAAGGAGAGCACGUCGAUCGACAAACGCACAGUCGCCUGCGAGUCGGCACUACGUCUCGUGCACGGAGGUGAUUGGCGAGACGCGGACGGAGCAGGGUAUCCUCCCUCCGGCGCCGGGCCGGCACCGGGACAGGACUCCUGUGGUUAA